AUGGCGGCGGCCCCACGCGCGGCCGGGCAGCGCGGGAGGCCGCUCCCGGCCCUGCUGUUGCUGCUGCUGGCGCUGCCACCUCCGGGCGGCCCCCCGGGCGCCUCCGCCUACUUCCCCGAGGAGCGCUGGACGCCCGAGUCCCCGCUGCAGGCGCCGCGUGUGCUGAUCGCGCUGCUGGCGCGCAACGCGGCCCCCGCCCUGCCCGCCACGCUGGGCGCCCUGGAGCGGCUGCGGCACCCUCGGGAGCGCACGGCGCUGUGGGUGGCUACUGACCACAAUGUGGACAACACGUCUGCCGUGCUUCGGGAGUGGCUGGUGGCGGUGAAGAGUCUGUACCACUCUGUGGAGUGGAGGCCAGCUGAGGAGCCCAGGUCCUAUCCAGAUGAGGAAGGCCCCAAACACUGGUCGGAUUCUCGCUACGAGCACAUCAUGAAGCUGCGCCAGGCAGCCCUGAAAUCUGCACGGGACAUGUGGGCCGACUACAUCCUGUUUGUGGACGCAGAUAACCUCAUCCUCAAUCCUGACACGCUGACGCUGCUCAUGGCCGAGAACAAGACGGUGGUGGCCCCCAUGCUGGACUCGCGGGCAGCGUAUUCCAAUUUCUGGUGUGGCAUGACUUCUCAGGGCUACUACAAGCGCACGCCUGCCUACAUCCCCAUCCGCAAACGGGACCGCCGGGGCUGCUUCCCUGUGCCCAUGGUGCACUCCACCUUCCUGAUCGACCUGCGUAAGGCAGCCUCCAGGAACCUGGCCUUUUACCCACCUCAUCCCGACUACACCUGGUCCUUUGAUGACAUCAUCGUCUUCGCCUUCUCUUGCAAGCAGGCAGAGGUGCAGAUGUACGUCUGCAACAAGGAGGUGUACGGGUUCCUGCCAGUGCCGCUGCGUGCACACAGCACGCUCCAGGACGAGGCCGAGAGCUUCAUGCAUGUGCAGCUGGAGGUCAUGGUGAAGCACCCACCGGUGGAGCCGUCGAGGUUCAUCUCUGUGCUGGAACAGACUCCAGAUAAAAUGGGUUUUGAUGAGGUCUUCAUGAUCAACCUGAAGCGGCGGCAGGACAGGAGGGAGCGGAUGGUGCGGGCGCUGCAGGCUCAGGGGAUCGCCUACCAUCUGGUGGAAGCCACCGACGGCAAAGCCAUGAACACCAGCCAGGUGGAGGCGCUGGGCAUCCAGAUGCUGCCAGGCUACCAGGACCCCUACCAUGGGCGGCCCCUCACCAAAGGCGAGCUGGGCUGCUUCCUCAGCCACUACUCUAUUUGGAAGGAGGUGGUGGACAGAGGACUGCAGAAAUCGCUGGUGUUUGAGGACGAUCUGCGUUUCGAGAUCUUUUUCAAGAGACGCCUGAUGAACCUCAUGCGGGAUGUGGAACAGGAAGGCCUGGACUGGGACCUCAUCUACGUGGGCCGGAAGCGGAUGCAGGUGGAGCACCCCGAGAAGGCUGUGCCCCAUGUGAGGAACCUGGUGGAGGCCGACUACUCGUACUGGACACUGGCCUAUGUGCUGUCUUUGCAAGGUGCCCGCAAGCUGCUGGCUGCCAAACCACUCUCCAAGAUGCUGCCCGUGGACGAGUUUCUCCCUGUUAUGUUUGACAAGCACCCAGUGUCCGAGUACAAGGCCCACUUCUCCCCCCGCAACCUCCGUGCCUUCUCGGUGGAGCCGCUGCUCGUCUACCCCACACACUACACGGGGGACGACGGCUACGUGAGCGACACGGAGACCUCCGUCGUGUGGAACAACGAGCAUGUCAAGACCGACUGGGACCGCGCCAAGUCCCAGAAGAUGCGAGAGCAGCAGGCCCUGAGCCGCGAGGCCAAGAACUCGGACGUGCUGCAGUCCCCACUGGACAGCACGGCUCGAGAUGAGCUCUGA